AUGCUGGAGAUUUGGGGUUUUGUGAAACCCUCAUUUUUGAGAAGAUCCAGAAAGGCGUUAGGCUUGACGGGUGUGCCGAAAUGGACUUUCUUAGAAGCAGCAAUGGCGUCUUCCGGCGACAAACCACAUGAGUCGACCAGAAUUGUACGUAGUAGCGCCGGAAGAUUGGGCGGCGGCAUGUGUUCCAGCAAGCAUACAUCCCAGGCUCCACAAGUCCAAGGAGUAAUCAUAAUCUUGCAAAUCCACAAGAAGUUCAUGGCCCUUAAAAUAUCUGCUCAAGAUAGGUCACCAAACUUAAGUGAAGGCAGUCAGCUAGAAGAAAUAGGGUUGACUUAUUAA